AAACAUAGAUUGCUUUACCAGAAAAAAAAUAUCAGAAAACGAAAAAUUCAAUCAUUUUGGACUUGAUCGAAAACAUUUUUUUUUUCUGUCUGAUUCGAUUUGUUUCUCUAUUUAUCACAUACACACACGAACAUCCAAACGAAUUCCCCGAAAAAAAAGAAGAAAAAAAGACGAACCGAAUUCAAUUUAAAAGAAAACAUUCAUGUCUUCCACAAUGAAUUCAAAUACAAAUCUAAAUGAUUAUUUACAUUCAUCACAAUCACAUCCAAUUACAAGACAUUGGCAAUCACAAUCGAUUGAAAAUUUUUCUGCAAAAGAUUUUAUUCUACCUAUAUUUGUACUUGGUAAUGAUGAUGAUAUUGAAUCAAUUGAAUCAUUUCCCGAUGUUAAACGUAUGGGACAAAAUGUACUUAUCGAUUAUUUAUCACCAUUAGUCGCCGAAUUAAAUCUAUCCGCAAUAUUAUUGUUUCCUUGUAUGAAAGAUGAUGUUAAAAAUUUAGAUAAUGCAUUUGAUUUUCAUAAAAAUCCAUUGUUAAAAGUUAUACCGGUGAUUAAGAAAAAAUUUCCACAAUUAUUAAUUAUAACUGAUGUUUGUCUUUGUGCUUUUACUGAUCAUGGACAUUGUUGUGUAUUCGAUCAACAUAGUGGCCAAAUUGAUAAUCAAAAAUCAAUUGAAACUUUGGCAAAAUUAUCGGUAAAAUAUGCACAAGUUGGUGCCGAUGUUAUUGCACCAAGCGAUAUGAUGGAUUGUCGUAUUGCAAUGAUACGUGAACAACUUAAUUCGGCUGGUUAUUCGAAUGUUUCCAUACUAUCGUAUGGUGCAAAAUUUUCAUCCUGUUUUUAUGGGCCAUUUCGUAAUGCAGCUGGAUCGGCACCAAAAUUCGGUGAUCGUAAACAAUAUCAAUUACCUUCUGGUUCACGUGGUAUGGCUUUACGUUCAAUUGAUCGUGAUAUACGACAAGGUGCCGAUAUGAUUAUGGUUAAACCUGCAAUGGCUUAUUUAGAUAUUGUUCGAUCAAUUGCCGAUCAUUAUCCUAAUUAUCCAAUUGCCGUAUAUCAAGUAUCGGGUGAAUAUUCAAUGUUAAAAUAUUCCGCACAAAUUGGUUUAUUUGAUUUAGAAAAAGUUGUUAUGGAAACAAUAAUCGGUUUUAAACGUGCAGGUGCAUCAAUUAUUAUUACAUAUUUUACUGCCGAUAUUCUUCGUUGGAUACGUAAUAAAUAAUAAUAAUAGCCAAGAAUUUUAAAUAUCGAAAAAAAAUAAAACAUUAAGGAAACACACUCAAGAAGAAAAGAAAAUUAUUAUUGCCAUUCCAAGAAUCAGAAUUUUUAUAGUUU